AUGGCCGAACGCAAUGUCUCUCAGAUUCUCGGGCAGCUCAAGCAUUCUCCGUCCAUGAGCUAUCCUGAAGCAAAUGCGCUUCUUUCCAAGGCCAAACUCGCCCUUCUGAGUCUAAAUGCCCUCACCCCCAGCCAGUCGACGUCGCCUCAACUUCUGGCCCUCGCUCGCGAGACCUUUGAACAAGGCGCCCUCUUCGCCAUCAGAGCACGCAACCCAGAAGCCUUCACGCGUUAUGUGCAACAACUUCAGCCUUUCUAUGAGCUCCCCUCAGCGACUCUCCCACCGAACUUACCCGAACGAAAUAAAGUGACUGGAUUGAGCCUCCUUCUUCUCUUAACGCAAGGUCGCUAUGCCGAAUUUCACUCGGAGCUUGAAGGCCUUGCCAAUCGCGAUGGGGGUGGCAGUUCCGGAGAUGUGGAAGGCGACCGGUACCUCGGAUACCCUAUCCGACUGGAAAGAUGGCUGAUGGAGGGCAGCUAUGACCGAGUAUGGAAGGCAAUGAAGAGCAGUGAAGUGCCAUGCGACGAAUACGGCGUCUUCUCAGAGAUUUUGAAGAACCAGAUCAGGUCUGAAAUCGCAAGCAGCAGUGAGCGCGCGUAUCCAAGUCUGCCGAUUAGCUCCACCAAAUCUCUACUAUUCCUGGACUCCGAGGGUGAUGUGAUUCAAUUUGCCAAGUACAGAGGCUGGGUGGUCAGAGAUGGGCACAUAUACUUCCCAGAUGCAGCAGACUCCAGUGAGGACAGCGGCCAGAGCAAGGACAUCAGCCAGGUGAUCAUAGAAAACACGCUAGGAUAUGCUCGGGAAUUAGAGACUAUUGUGUAA